AUGAGUGCGGAUGAGGAAGAUAAAGGUCAAGAACCCGAGAAAGUAGAGCAUAAAGAUAGGGCAGCACCAUCGAAAUCGGAUAGGUUGAGGGUAGCGAUAACGGUCUCGAGGAUGUCACCUGAUAUGGAGGAAGACGCCAUUGCAUGCGCUAAAAUAGCCGUUAUUAAUGAACACNUAACGGUCUCGAGGAUGUCACCUGAUAUGGAGGAAGACGCCAUUGCAUGCGCUAAAAUAGCUGUUAUUAAAUAUCAGAGUAAGAGCGAUAUAGCAGCGUAUGUUCGAGAGCAAUUCGACAAGAGGUAUAUGCCAAGAUGGCACUGUAUUGUAGCCGAUGACUUCGGUUAUUCCGUUGUACCUGAUCCUAUGAAUUAUAUUUGUUUUGAGUUAGGUGCUUAUGGAGUUUUACUUUUCAAAAGCGGUUGA